AUGCCCCACACAUUCUCCUUGAUAUUAUCAACGUAGUAAUGAAGAUUCUUAUUGUGGAAUUUUCUCCAGCCAUUUGUAAACUUUUGUGUGUUGUAAUGGGGUGAGACUAGGCCCCAGUGGAAUGACUACUGCUAAUGGACCCAUUUUCCACUCUGCAUAUCUGAGAAUGUGGCUAUAGUGAUGGAAUGAUAAUGGCCGUGGACAACUGAAGGAAUCUCUGAAAAAUCUGUCCCAGUGCCACUGUGGCCACCACUAAUUCCAAGUUCACUGAAACUGGGUGCAAACCCAUUGAUAACCCCUUGAGUUGACAUGGUUGUCCCAUUAUUUGCAUUUUUCAGUAUUGUGAUGAUUUUCUUUCCAUUGUGGUUUGGAGGGUGUUCCAGUGUAUUUAUAAUACACAAUGUUGUAAAGUGCGGCCAGGUCGUGACGCUGACCAUUCCCCACUCGUGCCGAUGUUAAAAAUGAGGCGCCAUACUGUCUUCACAAGCGUCUGCAUGACGUUUAGUGGGACAGUUUUACUUUUACUUUUAGUAUUGUGUUUGUGCUUGACUCUUAACCUCAAUGUAUACCUAGGUCAGGAGAAGGGUUUACCAACACACUGUAUGAAAACUUCCGGAAGGAUUACGAAAUAAUACAUAUCGCGGGUAAUACGGCCUUCCUCUCUGCCAUGCAUACAUUUAUGGAUGCAUCUUCUAAAGUGGCGGUAGCUCAGCCGAUAUGAAGGUUAUUUCUUUUCGUAGAUCAUACCAAUGAAGAUAGAGUAGUGAGCUCCCGCAUUUUAUGCUGUUAUUAAGUGUGUGGCAACGGUAUAAUUGUGUUUUAAUGUUACUUAUGUUUGUUAUUGUUUGUUGUACUCGUCCUUAAUGGAAAAAGAGAAGUAAGAUGGUCACAAUAAAAGACAUAGAAGUAAAAUUGAAGGCACUGGGUACGAAGAAUGAUAUCGCCGCUCUUGAAGAUUUUGUGAGUAGUUUGGAAGAUGAAAAGAUUUGUUCUCUGAUUGCACACAAGAUAUGUCAUUCAGAUGCUCCCCAGUUACUCAAUUACCUUUACCAAGGUAUGACCCAGAAAAGUUCAAUGGAGGUGAAACGCUUCAAGGUGACAGAGAAGGUUUUUAAGGAACUACAGUCACAGAAAUUACACAACAGGCAUGUGAAUGCUAUUGUGAGUAGGCUGGCACUGGAGGUAGAGAAGCUGACUUCUGCACACCUGGUCCAGUUCUGUGAAUACUGCAUCCACUGCAUUCAGCAUAGUGAUGGAGAGCAGACAAGUUGGAAAGAUCUGCUGCCAAAGAUACUCAGUGUUCUUGUCACCAAUGAUUUGGUGAACCAUUCUGGUGUGGAUGUGAGUGGCUUGGAGUACAAAUCUGAGGUCAUCAGAUCAUUACUGAUGGUGCAGUGGCAGCCUUCAAUUGUAACAGCUCUAGCUUCAAUGUUCACUGAGGUACCAAUGUCCGCCGAACAGCACUUGCAGGUUGUGAACAAGUUGUGUGCAAGCUUUGAGCAGCUAGGUCCACCAGAAAUACCACCUUUGGUGCAUCAGCUACUUCGUCUGUGUGAGAACCAACACGGCGUAGCUCUUUUCCUUAGACUGCAGGCGUAUUUCUGCACACGGCUGUAUAGCCGACUUCUUUCAAAAGCCAGCGACUUGGAAAGUAUCGACUUGCUUGCCGACAGUGAUUCUAUUGGACUGGCCAGCGAAUGUGAAACGCAGUUUGCGGAGGGUACUGUACUGUUCCAUGUCAAUCAGUCUGCUGGAUUUGGGCAUGCCAGCAUCAAGAAUUUUUUGAAGUUUAUGAAAAAUGUAACAGAUGCCCCAGAACUUGUAUUGGAAGUCGUCUUUGAUGUCUUGAAGUGCACUAUGCAGAGGGUAGUGCAGGAGGAAGAGAGGAAAGUUGAGUCCGCUUGGUUCCGAAACGUGAAUCCCAGUACCUGUAAUGUAGACAUUGUACUGACGAAACUCAUGGAGAACAGUCUGCGAGAGCGCAGUUCGGUGAUAGAGGGGAUGGUGAACCUGGCCUUUAUACUGUUGGGAGAAAAGGCUGCAAAGGGGAGGGAGACCUCGGCAGAGAAGCUGUGGAGAUUAGGCAUUUCUGUACUAGUGAAACUUGUAAAGAAGCAUAAUAAAGUAACUGGUUGUGUUCUGCAGAGGCUGACUGAUUGCAUCAUCAGUGAUCAGGCUGUUACGCAGUACACAGAUUGCCUGCAUCAGUUGUCGAUGUCUGUACCAUUGGUAUUAAAUGAAUACCGUUCCAGUAUCAUUACCCUCUUGGAGAUGCUUACACAGUUACCAGGACCCGUCGCUGAGAAUGUGGUUUAUGCAGUGUUGCCAAUUGUGCGUUCAUUUCCAUCUCUGCGAGAUGUUCUCAUCAUGGUAUUGCGCAAGGCUCUCUUUGCUCGUAAUGUGGGAACAAGGAAGAUGGCUGUGUCAGGAUUCCUGCAGCUACUGAAACAUCUCGAUGUGAAAGGGUUGGCAGUACUGAGCAGCAGUCAGUCAAGUUACCAUAGCAGCAAUCCACGUCAGUCUCCAGGACCCAGCUUGUUGACGCAGAUUGACAUGGAAACUGGAAAUUCUAGCAGCAACAAUGAGGCCAUUUGUCUAGAACUGCUGGGAGUGUUACGCAGGUGUUUUAUGCAGCAGGCUGAUGUAAGGCUUCGUCUUUAUGAAGGUCUGCAUUCCGGAGUGACACGAAACCCAGAGCUCAGAGAAUAUGUGCAAGACAUGCUGAUUAACCACUUCGGUCAGUUCUACGAGUCUGAUACUGACACUCUGCCACCUAUCAAUUUCACCAAGGCUGUUGUUCUCAAAGACAUCUCUGUUGAGCUACUGGAACCUUUGGGACACCUGGUGUUUUCACUUCAGCAGGUUGCAACCCCUAACUCUUCUGACAGUAGUCCCACAAAAAUCAUCAGUGUGCUGGAGUCGCUGUGCUUGCGAAUGUUGAAGUGCUCUCUUGAAGACUUCGGUUUGGAUGAGACAACGAAUCUUCUGGAUGUUGUGCCUGAGAGUCAGCAGAAGCAAGAGAUUGUGUGUCAAAUACUUGGAGUAUUUGAAGCUCUUAUGGGCUACACUGUCUCUUCAUGCACCGUAGAUACUUCUGCUGAAAAAGUGCGGAAACUCAACGGCCUGUUCAAAGGCUAUAGGAUGCUGGCAGAAUUCGCUAAGAAUAAUGGCAAAGCUGGGAAGAAGACUAGCAGAGAUUCAGAUACACAGCCAAAAAAGAUGGACGUUGGCAAAAAAGCAACUGGGAAAGGUCGAACAGUUGCAUUUAUGUUCCCACACACUGUGCUUGAUUGUCAUGUAACAUACAAGAUGCUCUGCAUUCUGUACAUGAACUCUGUGCCAUGGUGUACAGCCGAAGCAGCUAAUUGUGUGAAAGGUCGACAUGAGUUCAGUAGUUACGUCAUGAACACGACACUCAAACUGGUAAAAGCAUCGCAAGAUGAAAAGCGCAGGAAGAAGUCUACAUCCAUGCUCACCUCCUUCGUCAAUAUUGGCAGAUUGCUGUACACCAACUGUGUGAUCAGACUGCGGGAGUUCUCUCAGUUACACGUUGGGACAGCUGCCCUUGCACUGGAGUGCUUUAAUGAAUUAUUCAGCCUUAUGUGUUCUCAUUAUGAGGAUAAGCUGGAACAAUUUCUGGAAGAAGUGGGAACUGUACCAGUCAGAGAAGGUCUGACGGAACAGCUGCUUGCUCUGGUGUCAAAGUAUGAGGAAAAUCUGACGAGCGUUCUGUCCGAGGCAGGUGAUGAUGAAGAUGACCCAUUAGCAAAGAAGAUCCCGCUGUUGCUCAUACAAGGCCUCGGACUGUUCACAUUGAAGAUCCCGUGUAAUGAUGCCAGUACUACGGUGCUGAAUUGGGUGAAGACAUUUGUGAAAGACAAAGUGUUGUCAGAUGUGUACCUAGUGAAAGCGAUAUUGUCUCUGCUUUUUAAACUCGAGGUUCGCUGCAAGGGAUCCAGUCAGCUGUUUGACCACAUCACUAUGCAACUUUUUGAAAUCAUGGGGACUGUUGAUGAAGAUGAAGAAGUUCAAGAGCACACAUCGUACUGUAUUGUCAGGGCUGGCUGUGAAAGUGCAGUGUUGUCUCAGUUGUGUGACACUGUGAGUCAAAUGCUGAAGCAUGUUGACUGGGUACUGUCACGAUUGCAGGCGGAAUACACUGCCAUGACACACGCAGUUUCCGACACACUGCAAGCAAAACGAGAGAUUCUGAAAAGCAGGGAGUGUGAUGUCGUGCAUCAAGUCAGCCACUGUUUGAAGAUCCUGAACUAUAUGAGCAGCCUGGCGCUCGACCCAGGCCCCACAACUGAUGCUGUCCUGAAGCUUCUGACUCAGCAAUAUAUUAAUCUCACCAUGCUGACCAAAUACUUUAUUCUACGAUCUAACAAGGGAAACCCUGCAUUUCAGAAUGCCAGGUUUGAGAUGGUUGUCAGGCUGGCAGGGAAGCAUCUGUCACCCCAUGUCUACAAUUUAAUUUCUUAUAUUGAGGCUAAUCAGAAGAAGAAUAAGAAGAAUGGUAUUAAAAAGAAGAAAGCAGGUCCAUUGCUUAUAAAAUCAAAGGUUCUCAGGGAGACACGAUUCAUCCCAAAUCUUAUAUUUGAAAUUGAACAAUUUGAGAAACUUGUCAUAGAAUUAUCCAAAAAAUCAAAGGUUAAUCUGAUGAAUUACGUGAAGCUCGGUACAUACCGAGACUUCCGCAUCCACUCGAACCGUUUGCAUACCACUGACGACGAGGAUCAGAAUGUUUCUAAUGCAAGCGAUGCUGUUGUGGAUGGGGUAGAGGCACAGGGAAAGGGAUGUGCUGAUGACAGUGUUGUGAAGGAACCUCCGAGAAAGAAGGCUCGCAAGCAGUGAGGUUGUGUUUCACUGCUUAUCAUGUCAUGACUGUGACUGCCGUAACUGUCAUCAUCAUCAUCAUCCAUUGCUGUUUCCAGCCUGGGGCCGGGUCCGCUUGGUAAAGCCCAUCCAUGUCUUCCUGUCCCUCCACCAACUGUUACUGGGCACCUCUCUCCAUCACUCCUCGUCUCAUCUGCUCCUCCCACCUUCUUCGUGAACUGUGAACCACGGAAUUACACUUGGCUUUAUUUGAGAGAAGACGAUAAGAUGGGAAGGAUCAUUUAACCACAUAAAAACCUACUGAAGUACGUAAGUUUCUGGUUUCUGAGUUUGUAGUCUGCAUUCCGUGUUUUUGAGUUUGUAGUCUGCAUUCCGUGUUUUUGAGUUUGCAGUCUGCAUUUCCGUGUUUUUGAGUUUGUAGUCUGCAUUUCCGUGUUUUUUUGUUGUAUCAGUCAAUACUUCUUUUAGAUUAAAAAUGAUAAAUUUCUGUUAAAAAACAUUUCAGCAGAUGAAGUGUUGUAAAUGGUAUGAAGAAAUCAGAGCGUGGUUUUCAAGAAAUGCACAAAUUGUGUCUAUGGAAUCCUGGGUCUGUUGCACGUUAUCUUAGUUACAUCAGCAUUCUUGUUUUGUUCACUGAAAAUCAGUCGAGGGAAUUGCUUAAUAGGUUUUUAAAUAAGCAGUAAGUAAAUAAAUUCAUAUUGUCCUUCAGUGUGUGUGGAAGUGUCCAAAGUGAUCUUCCAUGAAGUUCAGUCACUCGGUGGUGCAGGAUAUAUUUUGAAAAGUCGAUCGUUUACUCGUCUUGUCAAAAAAUAGUCCACUUUCUUUAUGGAACCCGAAGAUUCAUCAUUGUGUUCGCAACAGCCUGCCACCAGACUCUAUCCUGAGCUAGCUGCAUCCAAUUUGCUCCAUCAAUUCCUAUCUCCCUGAGGUCCAUCUUAAACCUAGGUCUACCCAGUGGUCUCCUCCCUUAAGGCCUCCCAACCAAUAUCUUGUAACGCCCCCUUCCCCCUCAUGCAUGCCACAUGUCCCACCCAUCUCAUCCUCCUCCCGUGAAGAUUCGUAACCAAAGCGUUGUAUUAAUUUCUUACUUCCGCUGUAUGAGCUGCGUAUCGGGUGAGUUCCAUGUAGCACUCGGGUAGACCCUAACGCAGCUACAGUCUUUUUUAAAAACUGAUGGUUGCUGUAGUGAUCAAUAAAACCUGAAGGAUCAUUACCUUA